GAUCUAAGCUAAUAGUCACGAGGAUGGGGUAGUUUUUAAUUUUCUUAGCAUUAAUAUUAUAUUACAAUUUCACGUCUUUUUUGUUUGUAUUUUUUUUAUUUUUUUAUUUAUUGCGUCGUCUGUUUACUUCGUAACUUCGGAAUGGGCCUUGGAAUGGCGAGGAAAUUGAAAACAAAGUUGCAGCCCAUUAUUAUCGGAGAGAGCCGGCAGAAGAACGAGACGGGUCACUUGUUGUUGAGCCAGUUUUUUGAAUUUUAUUGUGUUAUGUGUUUUUCCUCCGUGUUUGCGUUGGCAGAACAUGGCUCUUGUUUACUCGCUCGCUGGUAGCGGUUUUGGCACGAGCGCGAGUCGUUGAUUACAAACAAGGCACCGGCCGCGCGAGGCUGCGUCAUUUCCUGCCUGAGGACGGCCAGAGUGGAGAGAGAGACGCCGCUCUUCACCCACUAGUCGCUGUAGGAACGUCAGGAGGGAGGACGCACCGAGCUUCAGGAUAAUAAGCCCAGCGGAUAAUAAACCCACGACGUCGCUCUUUGGGUGUCAGGUGGAUAUAUAUAAAUUUGUAUAUUUCUGACGUCGCUUGGAGCUAAAAACCAGCACCGAAGCGGAAUAUUACGAAUUCCUCUGGGCAACAGCGCUAAAAUAACUUUUUUCUUUCUUUCUUUUUUCGGCUUCUUGGAAAUAGUUGCGCUUAUUUUUUCCUGAACUGGUUGUGCAAACGCAGCAAAUGCGUGCAGCCUAAUUUUCCUUUGUGGUGUUGUUUGUUCAACGCUGCUGGCGGACACCAGAGAAGCGGCAGCUCGGUGGCCACCUGACCUCCUGGAAAAAAAAAAAAUAAAUAAGACGGCAGCUGACGACACGCAGGCUGAGAGCCUUACGUGGCCCGUUACUAAGCCCUGUGACGGAGCGGGACGAGUUUUCCACGAGGCUGCUGCGUGCCCUGACCUGACGCACCGUGGAGUUUGUAGAAAGCCGUUCGUGUAAACUAACUGAUAGUAAAUGCUAAGAAGUUAAUCACACCUGUAUUGAAUUAGUUGGACUUAAUUACCUAUAGAACUUCUUUCGUCACUCUAUCACCGAAACAAGUGAAACAGGUUCUCCUGUCAGAGCGGGACACCAUGCGCAAGUCCGCCGUGCAAGUCUUACAGUUUUCGUGAUGCCACGGGCCGGUCCAAUCCGUCGCCACAUGCCCGUAAUGCGCGCUCUUUAACCCGCAGCAGUGUGGCGCCGUGUCCCGGUCACGCCGCCAGCAUGAGCAGCACCGACCUGGAGCGCAUGUCGCUCAGCUCCUCGGCAAACUCCGUGGCCUCCAGCGCGCGGACCCUCUCCGCCAACGUGAGGAAGCUGCACAACGCGCUCAACCUCCUGCUCAACGACUUCGAGCGGGAGCAGUUCAUCCACUGCCUCAACGUGUACCACUCCAAACGCAAUGUGUACGACCUGGUCCAGACUCUCAACGUGAUCCUCAACGCGCCCAGCAAGCGGCAACUUCUUCCCAUGCUGCGCCUGGUUAUUCCCCGUUCCGACCAGCUCCUUUUCGAGCAGUACACCUCGGAGGGUCUUUACUUAAAAUCGGAUUUGGUGGCGAGCAACGGCAACGCCGAACCGGCCCCGGGCGAUCUUCCCAGCGCCAGCCCGACUCCCCCGGGGCAUUACUCGCCAAACAACCCACCGGAGUUUCAGGUGGCGUUGCGGGGCUCGCCAGACAGCUUCAGCACCAGCAGCGAUGGGACAGCUCCUCUGGUGCCUCUGUUGGGGAGGAACUUUAUCCACGAGCCUCCGGGAGAGCUGCGGCAGGUCACCAUGAAGCGGCACAAGAGCAACGAGGGCCUGGGCUUCAGCAUCCGCGGCGGCUCGGAGCACGGCGUCGGCAUCUACGUGUCACUGGUGGAGCCGGGGAGCCUGGCGGAGAAAGAAGGUCUCCGGAUCGGUGACCAGAUCAUGAAAGUCAACGACAAAGUCUUCGACAAAGUCACCCAUGCUGAAGCAGUGAAGGUGCUGAAGGGCAGUAAAAAGCUUUGUCUCUCGGUGCGCUCAGUUGGGCGAAUUCCAGGCGGCUACGUCACCAACCAUGUUUAUACCUGGGUUGACCCGCAUGGUCGGAGUGUGUCCCCUCCUCCCGACCUGCCUGAGCAUCGGAGUGCCACCAUGAGAAGAAAUGACAGCCAGCGACGCAGCAACAUGCAGCUACUGCAGGAAGGAGAUGAAAAAAAGGUCAACUUGGUUUUGGAUGACGGCCGUUCUCUGGGUCUCAUGAUCCGAGGGGGAGCUGAAUAUGCUUUGGGUAUUUACAUCACAGGAGUGGACCAAGGAUCAGCAGCAGAGUGUGGAGGACUCAAGGUGGGCGAUCAGAUCUUGGAGGUGAACGGCCGCAGCUUUCUGAGCAUCCCGCACGACGAAGCCGUCAGAGUCCUGAAGUCCUCUCGGCACCUGAUGAUGACGGUGAAAGACGUAGGCCGUCUGCCGCACGCCAGGACGGUGGUGGGGGAGACCAAGUGGAUUGCCAGCUCACAGAUUGCAGAGAGCUCAGCCAACAGUAGCAUGGCAAGCUUCUCUGUGGACCAAGGAGCGUCUGCAGCAGGAAAGCCUGGGUUUUAUAAAGGUGUGGCAGGCUCCCAGGUGACCCUGUCCAGUCUGGUAAACCAGUCCCGGGCCAUGCUGGAGGAGCAGGCACGCCACCUGUUGACAGAGACGGAGCGUCAGACCAUGGGCUACUACGUAGAGGAGUAUCGGGACGGGCACAUCGGGGUGGAGCAGCUGGUCAUGGCGCUGUUCGAGCUGCUAAACACACAUGCUAAGUUCUCUCUGCUGUCAGAGGUACGAGGACUGGUCACCCCACAGGACCUGGAACGUUUUGACGGGCUGGUGCUCCGACGUGAAAUUCAGGCUCUUAAAGCUCGACAGGGGACGGCUGGAGCCACAGCCAUGCAGCCAGAUUCCAUGUCCAUGGUGUCAUAUCCAGACACUCUGACCUCCUCCUCAGCUAGCUUCAUGACCAACACCACCCUCAGCUCUGCACGGAAUGACAGCGUGGUGGAGAGUAAUGAGGAAGGUCCUCCGGAGAGUCUGAACACACUGCUGACCGACAUCUCUCUGGAUGAUGUUCAGUCCAGCACAGCUGAGUCUCCCCCCUCCUUCAAGCCUCCGCCCCCACCAGGGGUGCAGAGUCGCCCAAGUAGACGAGAUCUGCUCAACAAGUGCCCCUCAUCCGAAUCCUCCCACUCAGGCUUGUACUUCACGGCCCCAUCCUCUCACAGUCACAGCAGCAAAGAGCCCGGACACGCCCCUGCCUCACCCUCAUUGCACCACAAACGAGAACGCUCGAGGGAUCCGUCUCGGGAAUACGCAGUCGUCAGAAAAAGAGAACCCUCUGCACCGACCAAGAAAGAGAAACUAGCAUCCGCUCAGUUGUCCUCAGUCACCCAGCACAAUAUUGGCCCUUUCCCCAGGGUGCAGUCCCCCAACAGAGUCACCAAACCUGCUGCCCCAUCCCCUUCACCCCCACCUCCACCGCCACUUCCUGCUCCUCCUCCGCCUCCUUCUUUUCCCCUUAAGCCAGUGUCCAUGUCCAAAGUCUCCCCCGCGUCCUCUCCUGGCUCUAAACAGCAGUUUGUUACAGUGGAGGUUCACAGGCCGAACGCGGAACCUGAUGUCAAUGAGGUGCGGCCGCUGCCCCAAGCUCGAGGUAAGAAAGGUGGCGCCCUGUCUCAGCUGUCAGACAGUGGCCAAACCCUCAGUGAGGACAGCGGGGUGGACAUAGCUGAGUCAGGACACGUCAGCAAAGACAGUAGCCCCCAUUCCUCACGCACACGCCUCCCCCGAGACACCCAGGGAGGCGGGGCAGACAACCCCUCCAAACCGCCCGGGCUGCUGGAGCCCACCUCUACAUUAGUGAGGGUGGCAAAGAGUGCCAGCACCCUGGGUAUUGCCAUUGAAGGCGGAGCCAACACUCGCCAGCCGCUGCCACGAAUCGUCACAAUACAGAGGGGUGGUUCAGCUCAUAAUUGCGGCCAGCUGAAGGUGGGUCAGAUCAUCCUGGAGGUGAACGGGGUUUCGCUGAGAGGCCGCGAGCACAGGGACGCCGCGCGCCUCAUCGCUGAGGCCUUCAAGACCAAAGAGAGAGACCACGUGGAUUUCCUGGUGACUGACUUCAAUGUGGCACUAUAGCCGGCAGGACAAGGAGAAAGUACAAUGAUGAUGAAGGUAUCGCCAACAAAUCAGGAGUUUAAGGAGAUGAUGAGGGAAAGAUAUUCGAGCGUCUUUUGAUUUAAAUGGCACAACUCUUCAAACAAACCAUCACCUGAUCUCUGAGCCCUUCAUCCUACUAAGAUUUACAAGGCAUUACUUUUCUCUGUGGACGUCCUCCUGGAUUCUCCUCAACGUGUUACCUCCCCACUGUGACACCUUAUGCACUGCAGCAGAAAAUUGUGAAACCUAUUCCUUUUGUUUGUCCUCUCAGUGUUAAAACUUGUGCAUUUACAACUGUGGGAUAAUCACUAGAACUUCUCAGAGCACUCCCGUGUCCCAAGCUCAGUUUAUUUUACUGAUUUUCUCCCACCUGAGAGGCAACUGCACAUCUAAGACUGAAUGACGCUUGACUUUACAAGUUUGGAUUUGUAUUAUGUAAAAAUGGACAAAUGUAGAUACAGAUGCAUAUAUAUAUACUGUACACAUAAAGAUGCUCCUAUAUGAAUUAAAAAAUAAUCUGUAACCUUG